AUGGAGUCUGACGAGUCAAAUAGUUUAAUUGUUCAGGGAUUUCCUAAUGGUACCCCACCUAACAGGAUAAAAGACUAUUUCAAUGAACUGCCGGUGUCAGGAAAAAACAAAGUGUGUGACGUACAGAUGGAUGAGGAUGAAGGAUGGUGUAAAGUUGUCUUUUCUAAUACAGAUGCUUUGUUUGUAGCAGUUGCAAAGCAGCAAGUGGCUGAAGCCCUUCAAAAAGUAGCAGAAGUACCGAUUAGUGGAUUUUCGCCCGAUGAGAUAGCGUUUCUUCAAACGCCUGUUGUAAAAUUAGAAUUGGAUAAUCUACUGAAGGAAAAUGGAAUUCUUGGUGCAUGGAAAAAAAAGAAAGGUGGACAUGUCAACAUCGUGACAACUGAAAAUAACAAAGUUAUAAUAUUUGCAAUUCCAAAAAACAAUGCAAAAGCGAUUGAGGAGCACGUCAAAAUCUUUCAUAAAUAUCCGGACAAGAAGGUACGUGGUACAACACAUUUCAGCACAAAAAAUGGUCAGACAAUAACCACAAUAGUCGGUGACAUCACCGAUCUUGACAACGACGUGAUUGUAUGCAGUUCCAGUAGGUCACUUGAACUCAGUUGUGGUGUUGGACAUGAUCUUGUUAUUAAAGGUGGUGUUGAAAUCCAAAAAGAAUGUAAGGACUACCUUGCAAAGAAGCCAAACAAGCAACUGGAUGUAGAGGAAGUUUUUUGUAGCUCUGCGGGAAAGCUAAGAGGUAAAUUGGUCGCCCAUGUCGGUGGGAAAUCAUGGUCAAAUGAUCACGAGAAAGAAAAACAAUCUCUUGUAAGGGUUGUGCAGGAGGCCAUGAGAAAGACCCAAGAAAAGAAAUUUACAAGUUUUGCGAUACCUGCAUUAUACACAGGUCAUUCUGGGUUUCCUGUUAAAGAGAUCACAGAGUGGAUAGUGGAGGCCAUAGACAACUUUCUACAAUCACAUGGUAAACAGAAUAGCCUUCAGAACAUUUAUCUCUGUGAUAUUAAGAAGACUACUGUUGACAGUUUUGUAACGGCUUUAAGAAAAUAUUAUAGCCUGACGUAUGAAAGAGAAUAGAAAUAUUAUCUUAUUUAACGUCGUAUUAGCAUGUUUAUUUCUAGAUGUACGUG